AACAGGAUGUACUAUUUUAAACAGCAAUGUUUGACUAGGAUAGCCUUCACAAAAAUUGUAUAAAUAAGCGUCAUAUUUGUAAUUCGCAACUUUAUGGUUAUAAUUUAGGCGGUAUGUCGUACGCCCUGCUGCACUGAAUGAAACGACAGUCACUUGGCCGGGGUUCCAGUUCCAAAAAACCUACAUCAUUAAGUACAUUAUUUUCAUUAAGUAAAAAUUCCACUUCUUCUAACCCUAGCAGUAGCACUAGCGGUGGGAGGAACAGCACACUAAUAACAGGAACAGUAGUCACUAGUCCAAGUACACAUAUCUCUUCCACUAGUCCAAGUACACAUAUCUCUGCUAUUAGUCCAAGUACACGUACCUCUUUGGCCAAAGACUUGAGUAGCUACAAAAAAAAAUCUGGCAUUUUAUCACAGAAAUCUAGUAAGAGCACAGCUGCCUUUAGAAGUAUGCCGCCAAUCACGGAUGGUGUGAAGCUGGAAGUCCAAAAGAUCAUCAACAGCAGCAACAUUGUCAUAUUUAGUAAGACACACUGUCCAUUCUGCCAGAAAGCUAAAGAUUUACUAAAGAGUCUGAAUGUUAAAUUUGAAACAUUUGAAUUAGAUCUGAAUGACAAAGGUGCUGAGUACCAGGCAGCCUUGAAAGACUUGACAGGACAAGGCACAGUCCCCAAUAUAUUUAUACAUGGGAAACAUCUAGGGGGUUGUGAUGACCUGUUAAAGGCUCAUAGUGAUAACUCAUUGAAAGACAUCAUCAACAAAAUGGCAGAUAUUCCACAGUAUGACUGUGAUCUUAUAGUUAUUGGAGGAGGAUCUGGAGGUCUAGCUGCUGCUAAGGAAGCAGCCAAUAUGGGUAAAAGGGUGACAUUGUUUGAUUAUGUAGAACCAUCUCCAAUAGGAACAACAUGGGGUUUGGGUGGAACGUGUGUAAAUGUUGGAUGCAUUCCCAAGAAAUUAAUGCACAGAGCAGCAAUCCUUGGUGAAAGUAUUCAUGAAGCUAAAGCUUUUGGUUGGGAUGUACCAGAAAAAGUUAAACAUAACUGGCAGACAAUGAAAAAUGCUGUGCAGGAUCACAUAGGAUCUUUAAAUUGGGGCUACAGGGUACAGCUCAGGGAUAAGAAAGUGAAUUAUGUCAAUGCCUAUGCACAAAUUGUAGACAAGAACACAAUUAAGGCUAUCAAAAAAAACAAAACUGAAAGCACCAUGACAGCUGCUAAUAUUCUUAUUGCCACUGGAGAGAGGCCACGCUAUCCAGAUAUCCCUGGUGCUAAGGAAUAUGGAAUCACCAGUGAUGAUCUGUUCUCUCUGCCUUAUUGUCCUGGUAAAACAUUGUGUGUGGGUGCAUCUUAUGUCUCUCUUGAAUGCGCUGGCUUCUUGGCAGGCUUUGGACUAGACACAACAGUUAUGGUCAGGUCCAUCUUGCUUCGAGGCUUUGAUCAGCAGUGCAGUGAAAUGAUUGGAAAACACAUGAGCAAUCAUGGAGUCAAGUUUAUACGAGGUGCUGUACCCACAAAGAUUGAGCAGGUAGAAAAAGGUGAGCCUGGUAAAUACAGAGUAACAGCUGUAGCCUCUGAUGGUGCUCAGAUAGUGGAGGAAUACAACACAAUUUUGUUUGCUAUUGGAAGAGACCCAUGUACAAAAGGAAUUGGUCUGGAGAAUGUGGGUGUCUCUUUAAAUCCAAAUAACCAAAGAGUGGUAGUAGAUGCUAGUGAGAAGACAUCUGUUUCUAACAUCUAUGCUAUUGGAGACAUUGGUGAUGGAAGGCCAGAACUAACACCUGUAGCUAUUCAAGCAGGAAAAUUGUUAUCUAGGCGACUUUUUAACAGCAGUUUUACCACAAAGGUAGAUUACACCAAUGUUGCUACCACAGUUUUUACUCCUCUAGAGUAUGGUUGCAUUGGCUAUUCAGAGGAAGCAGCUAUUGAAAAAUUUGGGGAAGACAAUAUUGAGGUCUAUCACAGCUACUUCAUGCCUCUAGAGUGGACUGUUCCCCACAAGGAAGAAAACACUUGCUAUGCUAAACUUGUUUGCAAUAAAGCUGAUCAUGAAAGAGUUGUUGGUUUUCAUGUUCUGGGUCCUAAUGCUGGAGAGAUCACACAGGGUUAUGCUGUUGCUAUUAAGAAAGGGGCAACAAAGGAAGACUUUGAUGGUACCAUUGGCAUUCACCCGACAUGUAGUGAGACAUUUACAACAUUACAUGUGACAAAGAGAAGUGGUGAAAGUGCUGAAGUAACAGGAUGCUGAGGUUAAAAACCUACUGCAUUCAGUCUGUUGAUGCUGUGGUCUCAGCUCAUUGGAUCAUCCUUGUGUGUGUGUGUGUGUGAGUCUGUGCCUUAUGAAUUACAUCCUUCAUUCUACAAGAUUUGUCAGUUGAUUCAAAACUUGAAACCAUGGGAGCUUCUGUCUCAUGUUUAUUUCACCAUGCAUCCAGUGAGAGGACCACAAGCACCCAGAGAAAGCAGUAGGUUAUUCCUACCAGAUGUUUUUGAAACUGGACAUGUCAGGUGCCACUGUGUAGAGCAUUGUAUGACGGUUGUGUCUGUAAGCCCUGUGUCACCAGGGUGGACACGACCUGAAGUUGCCAUGUUUAGUUUCAUACUUGAUUUGUUGAACAGACAGUGUGACAAAAUAAUUGUUGAAUCAGUUGACAUCAUGUCAUAAAAAACAAUGCUUUUCAUCAAGCUGUCAUUUGUUAACAGCUUUGAGUAUUUAUUUUCUUACAUAGAUUUUGCAAUAUACACUUAUUUGUAUGAAACAAGUGUCUAUUUUAAGACCUAUGUGAACCACAUUUUUGGUUUAUGUAACUUCAGAUAGGAUUAUAUAAUUGAACCUGUUCUAUAAGAUAUAUGGAUUGAACCACACUCAAAGUAAAUUUGAGAUUGUAAAUUUCAUUAUGGAGAUAAAAGAAUUCCUAGAAAAACUCCAAAAUAAUUACAUCUGUUACAAUAAAAACCUCACUGCAUAAUGAAAUUAGAAAUAUCUUUCUAAGGAAAACUGAAAAAAAAGAUAACACCAGUAUUUUUAGUCUAUAUAGCAUUGUAUAAUGAUCAGUAAAAAUGCUAAUGUACUUUUGAUAUUAUCUUCUUCUUACAAAUGCAUUGUAUAGUUUUAGUUCUAUUUAAUUGUAUGUUAUAUAGACAGAACAUCACGUUUGUACAACUAUUAUAACAGAAUUUCCACAAAUAAAUGAAUUUUAAGUUUCGCA